AUGGCCGAGGCCGGGGCUGCAGCUGAGGUCCAUGGUGGCCCUCCGGUUGCGGAAGUUGCGGGCUCCGACCUUCUUGCCUCCAUGCUGUCGGGUGAGUUCCUUGACUUUGAGCUGGGCGACCUGGGCCACAGCGAUGACGAGGGACUCCCCACGGGGAAGGCUUUGCAGAAGCAAUGGGCCGACAUGGGGCAAGCCUUGCCAAUGGACGAGUGGAGGAAGAAGAUGAAGGACGUCCUGGAUAGGAAGCCAAAGCUGCGCUCGGUGGGACGGCUGCUCGUAAGCUCCAUUCUUUCGUUGAAGACACCUUUGGGAAGCUUUGCCAGGGAGUUUGCGAAUCCGGAGGGGCUGCCUCAGGGCGCCGAGCCCGCAUCGGGCAGCGGAGGUCCCGCCCAGCAUGGCGAUCUUCUUCCUAUCCACCCCAGCUUGGUGGAAGAUGGCUUGGAAGGAAUCUCCACACACAAUCUCCCCUGGGUCCAGGCCGUGGUCAUGUGCCUAGACUUCCUUUACUGCGCUGGGUGGUCUAAGGCGGUGUGCGUCCCGAUGCAAGGUACCCUGGGCACCAAUCAGAAAAAGGCUCUGGCCAGGAUCGGUGGUCAGAUCGACCGGCUUCUUGAGCACGAGGUCAGGAUGCCCUCUACGGAGGAGGCAGUGACAAAGCUGGGCUCUAAGAAAUUUGAUUACAAUGGUCAACCGGUAGACCACAUGCAAGACCUGGUUGCUGAAAGGGUGUUGGCCGCGUGGCCUCGGCCCGGCUCCGCUGCGGUAGUCAACUUGCAGGAGUGUGUACCGCACGAGCUAAAGGAGGCGCUCAACAACCCGCGUGACUACCUCUUGCCUGAGACGGAGCUUCCGGAGCGGCACCGGGGCUCGCGGGUGAGGGCCAGCGAGACCGAAUGGUUCAAGAUAGUGAAAGCCGGUUACGACCGAGGCAUGAUGGUGGCUGUCCGGGAGGAGGACAUCCCUCAGGAUAGGAGAGGGCACCUGAUCACCAAUGGGGCUGGUGGAGUCGCAAAGGUCAAGAUGGAUGGUGGAACCCGGGUGGAGGCGCAGCGCUUUAUCUCCAUCCUCUGCCCCACAAAUGACGCAAUGCGCCUGCUGCCUGGGGCACAGGACACGCUCCCUUACAUAGGCCAGCUCACGGGGGUGCUGGCUGAGAAGGACUCCUACCUGGUCCUCGACUCAGAGGACCUCCAGUCGGCCUUUAACCUCUUUAGGCUUCCGGAGCAGUGGGCCCCGUUCUUCAGUUUCUCUCAGAAGGUUCGGGGGGACGCCUUGGGAGGAUCUAGCCACACUAUGCUGAGACCGGGGCUCCGGGUGGUGCCGAUGGGUUGGACAUCGGCGGUGACACUGGUCCAAGCAGCCAUCCGGCACAUAGCGUACACCAUUGCGAAGAUUCCUCCCCACGGGAAUGUGACAAUGAACGCUGCGCUGCCGGAAAGUGAGACUAAGACUGUCCUAUACCUGGACAACUUUGAUGAGAUUCGCCACCUCAAGAAGGAGAUCGCAGCAGACCAGGUUGGAGCACCGUCGGCCAACCACAAGAAGUUCAUCGAGGCAUGCGAGUGCCUUGGUCUGCCAAGGAAUCAGGGAAAACAGCUCUGCGGAGCCCUCAAUGGUGCCCUCCAAGGAGGAGAGAUACUGGGAGAGGCCAGGGUGCUCAGGCAUGCCUACGACAAGACGAUCGAGUUGAUCUCGUUGGGGCUGGGCCUCCUGACUCAGGCCACCCUGCCCGAGUUUUUCUUGAGACACUGGACGGGGAAGGCGGCCUUUGCAGCGGCUUUUAGGCGACCCCUUUACUCGAUCCUCCAGGAGGUGUACGGGGCGCUCGAGUUCUCGCGAGAAGGGGCGCACCUCACGCUCCCCUUGCCCGCCGUUGAUGAGGUGCUGCUCUUCACGGCGCUGGUGGGCCUGGCCGAGACAGACCUUUCCUCUGAGAUCUCGGCGGAGAUCUCCUGCACCGAUGCAUCACCCACAGGAGGUGGCAGCUCGGUGGCAACCGUCUUUAAGGACAAGACCCUUAUCCUCCCUGACCCAGUGGAGGAUGUCAAUCUCUGCGGCUGCUGCGGAAAGGAGCUACAGGAGGUGGCCCAUCGCACCUACCCCUGCUCCCGGCGCUGUGGCCUACGGAUGUGCACCCUCAAGUGCUCGAGAAGCCACGAAGAUGGCUGCAGCAGGAAGUGGUGGCACACGCCCACCUUUGGAGAGAGAUUCUCUGGAGAAAACUAUCCUCUCAGCAAGGCCGUCGGCUUGAAAGGAAUCUCCACACAAUCUCCCCUGGACUAUGAUGUCCCGGAUGAUCGGUGGGACUUCCGCACAGAUGCUGGGAAGAACCGGCUCGAUGAGGAGGAGUUGGCGGGAGACCUCAUGUGGUCCCAUUGGUCUCCAACAAGGGUUACAUUCUCGAAGAAGAGAGGGCAAGGCUUCUGGAACAGAUGGAACAGAUGGGAGGAGAACGAACCCCGGCUAAGAAGCGGCGAAAGGCCAGAGGGGAUCCAAAGGCUCUCGAAGUCUGACCUCGUCCAAGUGAGGCAGGCAAACGCCAUUGCCAAACGAGCAGCGCGAGGCUUGGUGGAGGCCAAGAGAAGAGGAAGGAGGAGAAAUGAUGAUGACAUCGAGGAGAGGGACACUGAAUACCCUUGGUCCUUCUGUCUGGUGAUGGCGGAGGGCAUCCACGACGAGCUCACCUCCCUUUACAGUGCCCCCUUUGGGGCAAAGCCCAUGAACCUGGAAAACCUCAUGCGGCACCAGCUGAGGGGAGCCACUCGAGGACUGCAGCAGGAAACUGCAGUGGCGUGGGCCGUGAGCCAGUGCACCAAGUUCCUCGAGACGAUGGAAAGUGGCCAGGAGGCUGAGCACUUCAAGUGGCUCCUCAGGCACUCUCAUCACACGGGAUGUGAUGUUCGCCUCACUGACCGAGGUGGCGAGCUGUAUGGUCACCGGCCAGGACCAUAUCCAGCGUUCCGCUGGCUUUGGAGGGAUGUGCUGUCCUACAAGUGGAAGGAGGAGCAGCACAUCAAUAUCCUCGAACUGACGGCGUUCCUCACGGAACUCCGCCGCAGGGCGCGCAAUGAGAAUGAGUUGGGAAAGAGGUUUUUCAAUGUCGUGGACUCCUUGGUGUGCUUCUAUGUCCUCGGCAAAGGAAGGUCUUCCUCCAAACGACUCAACCGGGUUAGCCGAAGGAUCGCUGCGGUAUCUCUGGGAGGCGGGCUUAUCCCCUUGACACUGUGGACCAUCAGCAAAUGGAACUACUCUGAUGCCGCAUCCUACGAGCGAGCAGUUUCGGCUUUCUUUUUAUAUUUGCGCGCCCUACGGGGCAGGCUGCCCCGUUCAAUGCUUGAACUUGAUGAGGAGUUGGCCGAAUACAUCAAUCACCUUUACCAGGAAGGUGACCCGCUGUCCUUGGCCGGAUGGACAGUGAGUGGGUUGAAGCGCUUCCACCCACGAUGCCGGCCACAUCUCCUCACGGCGCAAGUUUUCUUGCGCAAUUGGCAGCGGGUGCACCUGCCACGCCGUACAAAUCCCAUGUCGUGGUUGGGAGCAAAGGCCAUGGCAAGCGCGGCUUGCCAGGCCAACAGGCCUGACUUGGCCUUGGUCAUCCUCCUCGGGUUCGCUUUCUUCCUACGAACCAUGGAGCUCCUGGCCAUGCAAGUUUCACAUGUACGACUUUUUCCUGAGAAUGGGACAAUCAUUGUGGCCAUUUUGAAUUCAAAGACUUCCAGAGGGCUCCAGCAAUCCCUUUCUCUGCAUGAACCAGCCCUCGUGAAAGUUAUUGCGUUUUUGCUUUCCCGGGCACGCCCGAGCAGGCUCCUUUACGAGCCCUCUGUGGCCGUCUUUCGCAGGGAAUUUGCCUCCUUGGUGACCUUUGUGGGGCUUGAUCCUGCCCUGUUUCUACCGUAUUCCCUACGACGUGGAGGAGCCACACAGUUUUAUCAAAGAACGCAGAGCCUCGGUCGCACCAUGGUGCAGGGCAGGUGGAAGGAUGCCCAGACGGCUAGAAUCUACAUUGAUGAUGCCAGGGCAACGCUCAUCCAGUUUCUUCUUCCCCCGCCCGCGGCCGCCCUACAGCACCGGCUGUCUUCUUUCUGGCGGUGGACACCUCCCACGGGAGAGAGGCCCAUGGGCCAGACAUCGGCGCUUCUGCAGUUUUCACCUUUGCGGCAAUGGCCGCGCGCCAACCUUGAUGCUUUCCAGCCUCUCCGGAAAAUGGGCUUCGCUUCGUGA